AUGGGCGUGGACAAAGACACGGAAGUCGCCCUGAAGGAGCAGGUCACGGAGGGACUCAAAGAUGCUGCUCAAGAGAGCGUUAAAGAUGAGGUGAAAGAGGACAAAAAGGAUGAAAUUGAGGAUACCACAGACCUCAAGACCAAAGCCGAGGCUGAUGCUGAUGCUGCUACCUCAUCUCACACUCUCAUGCCUGAUGCUCCAACCGCACAUGCUGCUGCCACUAGUCUAGCGACACCCUCUCUAGAUUCAAAGCCUCAGAACUCUGCCUUACACGAGGCUCCUGCUGAAGAUACUGCUCCUGAUGAUGCUGUUCCUCAAGACUCGUCAUCCAAAGCUGCCCCGCAACAGCCCGAUCCCCAAGAAGCAGCCGCCACGACAGAAGCUGUAGCAGAGAAGACUGACGCUUUGCCAACCCCAGCACCAAAGGCCGUUGUAACUGUUGACGAAAUAGACGAGGUUCCAGACCCGGACGAGGACGACUUGGAUGAUUUGGAUGAUAUGCUGGAAGAGUUCUCUGCCGUUAAGCUAGAUCAAACCAAGCCUCCUGGAGCUGCCGCUGCUGCCUCCAGUAAGCCAGAAGUUCCCAAAGGCUCUGCAUCCGGCAAACAACCUGAAGUGGAGGAUGCGUUCUCAGAAGAUGAAUUUGCUAGGCAGCUCCAGGCUGGUAUGGCUGAUCUACUGGGCGAACUUGAACAGUCUCCUGACAUGCAAGCACAGUUUGAGGAUAUCUUCAAACACAUCGCUGCAGCAGAAGGUGCUGGUGACGCGCCACCUCCAAGCACUUCCAAAGGGCCUUCUGCUCAAGCACCACCUGAGGAUGCAUCGUUCCAAGAUACUAUCAAGCGAACUAUGGAGCGCAUGCAAGCUUCGGGGGAUCAAGCUACCGCUGCUGCUGCCUCUGGAUCCGCUGAUGAUUUCAUGUCUGAGAUGCUGAAGCAGUUGUCUUCGGGCGACCUUGGUGAUCUGGGAGGCGACGGCAGCGAGGAAGAAUUCUCCAAAAUGCUUAUGGGCAUGAUGGAGCAGCUCACUAACAAGGAAAUUCUAUAUGAACCCAUGAAGGAACUCGAUGAGAAAUUCCCUGAAUGGCUUAUCAAGAAUCGUGACUCGACACCGAAGGAUGACUUGAAGCGCUACGAGGAGCAACAGUCCAUUGUACGAGAGAUAGUGGCCAAGUUCGAAGAGAAGACGUACUCGGAUUCCAAUGCGGCGGACCGUGAAUUCAUUGUGGAUAAGAUGCAAAAGAUGCAAGCAGCAGGAUCACCCCCUUCUGAUUUAGUUGGAGACAUGCAGUCAGCACAAGAUGCCCUCAAUCCAGGAGAUGAAGCCUGUAACCCUCAGUAG